GAUACAUUUGGUAUUUUAGACACAAAAUUGAGAAAAGGGAGAGUCGUAUUCGGGUUUGAGUGUUCCAAACACUGCACUACUCUCUCUUCGCUUUAAUUUUCAAUUCACGAUAUUUGAUUUCAGAGAAAGAAAAAAUCGAAAAAAGAAAACCCUCUUCAAACCCAAAACCCUGUUUGUUUAAUUUCGAUGGAUUUUCAAGUCGUGGUUCUCGCCGGUGGCGUCUCCAAAAAACUCCUUCCCCUCGUUUCAAAGGAGCUUCCGAAGGCUUUACUUCCGGUGGCGAACCGUCCGGUUCUCUCUUACGUUGUCGAGCUUUUGGAACUUAGUAACCUUAAAGAUCUCAUCGUGGUAGUUGAAGGUGAAGAUGCUGCUCUUAACGUUGGUGCUUGGAUUUCUGGGGCUUAUGCUGAUCGCCUCCAUGUUGAGGUUGCUGCAGUUCCUGAGGAUGUGGGAACAGCUGGUGCAAUUCGAGCAAUUGCACGCCACCUAUAUGCAAAAGACAUUUUGGUUGUCAGCGGGGAUCUUGUUUCCGAUGUUCCGAUUGGUGCUGUUGCGGCUACUCAUCGCCGACAUGAUGCGGUUGUCACUGCUUUGCUUUGCAAUGCUCCUAUAAGUGGACCUUUGGAGUCAGUGUCCUCUGGUGGGAAAGACAAAACCAAGAAACCUGGCCGCUAUGAUUUGAUAGGGCUGGACCCUACGAAACAGUUUUUACUUCAUAUAGCAACUGGAGCCGAAGUUGAAAAAGAUCUUCGAAUUCAGAAGAGUAUUCUCCGUGCUGUAGGCCAGAUAGAAAUAAGAGCUGAUCUAAUGGAUGCCCACUUGUAUGCGUUCAAAAGAUCAGUUCUACUAGAAGUUCUAGAACAAAAGGGUGCAUUUAAUAGCUUAAAGCAUGAUGUAUUGCCAUAUCUUGUCCGCAGCCAACUGAAAUCAGAAGUAUUAUUAAAUGGUAUACCACAAGCAGAAGAAAAUGGAUCUGAGAAGGUUAUUUCUCAAAGCAAUCAACAAAUGCUGUCUCAAAUACUUGCUAAUGCAUCUGAGCCAACCUUUCAUCUACGACAUACACUUAAUACUAAUGGUUCUGAUUCUGUUCGAAGAACCCAUAAAUGCUGUGUCUAUAUUGCUGGAAGCAGCAAGUACUGUGCUCGCCUGAAUUCUAUACAAGCAUACAAUGAUAUAAACCGCGAUGUGAUAGGAGAAGCUAGUCACUUGUCAGGGUAUUCCUUCUCUGCUCACAACAACAUUAUCCAUCCUACUGCAGAGCUUGGAGCAAAAACAACUGUAGGACCACAUUGUAUGCUGGGGGAAGGUUCGCAGAUGGGCGACAAAUGCAGUGUCAAACGGUCUGUCAUUGGCCGCCAUUGUAGGAUAGGUGCCAAUGUUAAGGUUGUCAAUUCAGUAGUUAUGAACCAUGUUACUAUUGGUGACUGUUGUUCAAUCCAAGGUUCUGUCAUCUGCAGCAAUGUACAGCUCCAAGAACGUGCCAUACUAAAAGAUUGUCAAGUUGGAGCAGGUUUUGUGGUCACUGCCGGUAGUGAGUGCAAAGGGGAGGUAUUGGCUAAGAAAUGGAACUGAGAUGUGAAAAUACGGGAAAAUGCAUAGCAAUUUGACUUAUUUUCUACUUCAGCGUUGCUCAGUGCAAAUUUUGCAGUUUUUGCUGGCCAUAGUUACAAAUGGGAGAUCAUGGCAGGAGGAGCUAAGACAUUUGAAUAUUUCCAAUCUGUAUCUGUCAUUUACAAUUUUAUUCUCUUAUAACUAUAGUUUGAAAUGGAUUCUAUUGGUGUUGAGUAUUUUUUUUUUGUAUAAAUAACCACCCAUUGUUUCCUCUUAAUCUCAGACUUCUGCCAUUGAAAUGUAUGUUAUAAGAGACAUUACGGUUGGUAUCAUGAUCCUGCACUUUAGCAGUAUGAUCCUGCACAAUCAGUUUUGUAAUUGAUCAAAGGAGUACUAUUGACAUAUUUUGAUUCUGUUU